CGAAUCUGAUACUGGAGUUCCAAGUUCAUAUCUUAUCAGACAUUUGCUUCAUCGGAAGAUAUCGUUUUUCUUUCUGAUUUUCUGCAAUAUCAAUCUCAAUCUGGUAUUUGAUUUGAUUUGAUAGGUCACUUCUUCAAUUUCGUCGGUGAGUAUGUGUUGUUUUUUCUGGUAAAAUUGAAUUGGCGUUGAGUUUAUGAGAUUCUGUUUUGUGUUCUUCUUGGUAUGCAUGUUGUUCUUCCUGGAAUUUCUAUAGCAUCGACGCUGGUAUUAGUUUCAGCAAAUUAUGUUCGAUUAUGAAGCGUAAAUCAGUAGAGAAUCGAAAUAUCGAAUAUUAUUUAGAAAUUAUGUAUUUCGCUCUUGUUCAUUAAAAUCAUAACUGAAUUAAGAUGUUUUAGUUUGAUCAUGUGUUAACUAAUUUCAUGGUGACUGCGUAUAUGAAGUGAUCGGAUUCUGUAGGAAAAAUGUAGAAGAAUAUAAUGCAUUUAUGAAUUUUUUGUAUUGAUUAAACUAUUAGAGUAGAAAUGUUAAGGUGGAAUGUGGAAGCGUCAAACUCGAUCACUGGUCAAUAUUCAGUAGUACUUUCGUCCUUGGAAUGUUUGAUAUUUGGUAAAGAAAAGUAUAUAUCUUCUUGAUUGCAAUUUAGAUAAACGUUUUAAACAGAGCUGAUAAGGACUAGUCUCUCUAUGUGUCAAGUUAUAUGUAUAUUCCUUUCAGUGUUCAAAUAUGUAGUGCUCAAUAAUUCUAUAUAAUAUAAGACCAUCUAUCUGUUUCCAAGCACACAGUUCCGUUGGUGUAGGUGAAUUUUUUAAACAAUGUAUUUUUGAGAAGUCAAAAUUAUUUUUUAUUUAAAUUGUGUUGUUCAUGUCUGGAUUGAAGAAUAUCCUAUUCUUGGACAUCUUCAAAAUCAAAUUGGGAUAUUUAAAUUCUGUUUGUCUGGGAUGAAAUGUCAACUAUGAUCUCUGCAGCUAUUGUUUACUGUGACACAUGUUACAUUUUAACAAAAAAAACUUAAUAGAUAGUCUUUCAAAUAUUACUUUCCGCCAAGAAAAACAAUUAUGAUCAUGCAUUAGUAGUCAGCUACUAUCUUCAUUAUAUGUGCAGAAGUCAGUGGUUAAGUUGUAUAAGAUGAAUAAAAAACAAGGAUGGUUUUAAAAUUCAGGUGUGUAUCUUUGCAAGUUCCCAUUGUUCGUUUUGACAUUGUAUUCAGCUCCUUCUUGGGGUUCAGAAACAGUUCUGAAUUGAGGUGAGAUAUCUGAAAUAUCAAUGUAACAGGUGUUAUGUUGCAUUCUGAUGCAAGGAGUUUUUGACAAACUGAAACAGGAUUAGAAAUCUAUUAUUUACUGGAGUAGAGUUCAGAAAUUCAACUUAACCUGUCUAUCCAUGUGCUUGUACAAAUUUCCCAGCAGGAAGAAUAAAGUUGAAGUAUAUUGCAUUUCAAUCUUUUGGUCCAAUUUUACUAUUUCACAGGUUGCAAGGUUGUGACGGAAUCAUGAUGUUUGCUUAACUCUGCUCCUAUGAUAGCUGUGUGCUAUUGCAUGGAAUCGAGUUUAUUUCUUGUACAAAGUGUCACAAAAGAAUUUAUAAUAAAGAAAGCAAGGUCAAUAAUGAGUAACAAGGAAAUAUCCUAGAGAUUACUCAAAAGUUUUUUUUAAUGUAGCAAUUUAUGAUUAGACUGGCACAGAAGACCGUUUAAGUACGUAUUCAAAUAUCACUGCUAUCCUUUCACAUUUAAUGUUAUAUCACUAUUAGAUAAAUGCACUGCAUUUCAGUUCGAUUCCCACCUAUUGAAUUGUCUGACAUUUUAAUUUUCAGGACUGCAUAUCAGUGAAUAUUGACUAGCUGCAAAGAGAAGUUACAGGCAUGCAGGCUUGCAAAACCAUCUGUGAAUUGUAUUAUCUCAAUCUGACGAUGAUCUGCUGUAUACCUUGAGGUUUCAGGAUGAGUUCGGAAAUCUUUUUAAAUGGAGAUGUGUACUUUGGUAAUGUCAAGGGAAUGAUUCCCCAUGGCAGGGGUAAGUACACGUGGUCCGACGGUACAGUUUAUGAGGGUAGUUGGGUAGAAGGAAAAAUGACUGGGGUGGGACGGAUCACUUGGUCAUCAGAAGCAAGCUAUGAGGGUGAUUUUUCUGGGGGUUACCUUGAUGGUUUUGGUACAUUGACGAAUCCAGAUGGGUCUACAUACAUAGGCUCCUGGAGGUUGAACAUUCAGCAUGGGUUUGGAAGAAGGCAGUAUAGCAAUUCUGAUGUUUACGAUGGUUCUUGGAAAGGAGGAGUGCAUGAAGGCAGUGGCAAAUAUGCUUGGGGUAAUGGUGACAUGUAUAUUGGAAACUGGAAAGCGGGAUCAAUGUGUGGUAGAGGGGUGAUGAAAUGGCUGAAUGGCGAUCUGUUUGAUGGCUAUUGGUCAAAUGGGUAUAGGCAUGGAUCAGGAGUUUAUAGGUUUGCAGAUGGUAGUUAUUAUUUUGGGAUGUGGACCAAGGGCCUCAAGGAUGGACAAGGCACAUUCUAUCCUGCAGGAAGUACGCAUCCAUCUUCAAGAAGAUUAGGCAAAAAGAAAGUUUUGGUAACUCCUAGUUCUUCCUUUAGGUCGGAGAGCCUCAAGGAUAGGACACGAAGUAUAGGCCGUAGUCUAUCUGACAAGUUUUCCAUUAGUGGAUUCUUCAGAGACUCGGGUCAAAUAUCAAGUAAGAGAACAUCGUUGGCCGAAGAGUGGAGCAUUGGCGAUUCUGCUAGGGAAUUCUCUGCGUUCGACAAGACCGACACAUUAUCUCAUACCUCUGAUGAAGGUGGAAGUGAAGUAGAUGAUAAUAGUACUGUAGUUUGUGAAAGGGAAUAUGUCCAAGGAGUUCUGAUCAACGAAAGAACAAAGAAUAAUGCAGGAUUGUUGGACAAAAAGGAGCAGCCGCGCAAAUUUCAAAUGAAGGAAGUGAAAAAGAGGUCAUUUGCAGACCUGUUUGAAGGCAAUAAAAGCUACUAUCUGAUGCUUAAUCUACAACUAGGUAUCAGGUACACUGUUGGCAAAAUUACACCAGUUCCUACACGUGAAGUGAGAUAUUCAGAUUUUGGAGAACGAGCAAGAAUAAGGAUGUAUUUCCCCAAGAAAGGCUCACAAUUGACACCUUCACACAGUUCAAUUGAUUUCUAUUGGAAAGACUAUUGUCCUAUGGUCUUCAGGAAUUUGAGGGAGAUGUUCAAGUUAGAUGCUGCAGAGUAUAUGAUGUCCAUAUGUGGCGAUGAUGGUUUAAGAGAGCUGUCUUCUCCAGGGAAAAGUGGCAGCCUUUUCUAUCUCUCUCAUGAUGACAGAUUUGUGAUUAAAACUUUAAGAACAUCCGAGCUGAAGGUUUUACUAAAGAUGCUUCCUAGUUAUUACAAACACGUAGAAGCACAUGAUAACACUCUGAUCACUAAGUUCUAUGGCCUGCAUGAGAUAACAUUGAGAGGUGGCAAGAAGGUUCAGUUUGUUGUCAUGGGAAAUAUGUUUUACACAGAACUUCGGAUACACCGUCGUUAUGAUUUAAAGGGUUCUUAUCAAGGGAGAAGUACAAAUAAGGAUGACAUAGAAGAGGGUACCACAUUAAAAGACCUUGAUCUUGCUUAUGAUUUCCAUAUGGACAAGUCAUUGCGUGAUGCACUUUUCAAACAAAUAUCUUUAGACUGCAAAUUUUUGGAAUCUCAACGGAUUAUCGAUUAUAGCCUUCUUCUGGGACUGCAUUUUAGAGCUCCUGAGCAUUUGAAGACUCUCUUAGAACCGCCAGAUGCAUUCCACAGGCCUGAAAAAGCUCCUGCUGAUGAUGGUACAAUUUGUCAUCUGGACCGUUCAAUUCCUCCAAAGGGACUUCUCCUGGUGACACAUGAACCGAAUUCUGUAAAUACUGCUCCAGGUCCACACAGUAGAGGAAGUACCUUGAGAGCAUUUUCUGUAGGGGACAAGGAAGUUGAUCUCCUUCUUCCUGGUACUGGAAGGUUACGUGUGCAAUUAGGCGUAAACAUGCCAGCUCAGGCAAACCAUAAGGUCUCACAGGAUGUUUCAGGUUCCACAGAAGUGGAACUUUUCGAGGUCUAUGAUGUUGUUCUCUAUCUCGGUAUUAUCGAUAUACUCCAGGAAUACAAUGUGAGAAAGAAAAUAGAGCACGCAUAUAAAUCCGUACGCCACGAUCCCAUGUCAAUAUCCGUUGCUGAUCCCAAGUUUUACUCUAAACGUUUCUUCAAUUUUCUGGAGAAGGCUUUCCCUGCUGAUACAGAUACUUGAAGUUGCAGACAUGGGUCUUUUCGUUGUAAAAAGUGCAGGGUUGGAUUGAAGCCCUUUUGUGUGUGUGGCCUGGCUUUCCAUUUGGUCUUUGGAUUCUCAACAAAAAUACUGGAAUUCACAGCAAAUGAAGGGCCCACAAUCUGGAGAUGAAUGUGAUGGCACGCUCAGAGACUACAUCUUGUAAGUUUCUUUUCUCUUUCUUCAUACUUAUUCUUCCCAAAUUUUGAAUGCUAUAAGUGCCGUUUGUUAAACACUUACCCGAUAAGUGUUUAACGGUAAAA